AUGGCGUUGCCACCAGACUCUGCAUCUCUUGGUUCCUGUUCCCGCUCCAGCUCUGUCCGAAUCAACCGAAAGACAGGUUACGCCACCUCGAGUCCCCCGUCGCCCGGGUCACAGCACGAUUCGAUCAACUCUGAUAGUGUGUUCGAAAAUGUCGACCUUUCAUCUGGUUUCGACGGUCUGCACAUUGAUGGUGUCGAGGUUUGGGACACUUUGAGCAGCAUGGCUGCUUUUGGACUAGAGCCCAACAACGGCGAUUCCUAUGAUGGUCUUGUGCCUUUCCCACAAAUAUCAGUUGACGAUAGCGACAACGCUUCUGAGCUUUCGGACUCGGACAUGCCGUCAAGACGAGGCCCCUUUCACAGAUGGAUGAGAAAUCUUCACCAACGCGCCAAACAGCGGCCUCAGCCUAUGAACACAGACACCGUUCUGCCCUGGAAACUCCUUGAUUCCACUGAUAGAUCAGCCAUUUCUCGGAGAACUCGCCACAGGAGGUCAUCGUCAGGCUCGUCGUUUGGCUUCGUUGCGGCGGUGAAAAGUGCUAGUGUCAGUCUUGCUAGCGGCAGUUCUGUGACGCGCCCUAGGGGCAACAGCCGUCGCUCUUUGGCAUAUUCCAAGACGGAUCGCAGCAGCAGAGCCUCGUUCACCGCCGCAAGAUUUUCGGAAGACAGCUGUCACGUCGAAUGGCCGGCAAACACUGAUCCGUUGGCGACCGAACGUGCUUUGCAGCGCCGGCGCAUCUUGGAGGAGCUCAUAAGUACAGAGGAAGGUUACAUCGGGGACAUUCGUUUUCUUAUGAAUGUUUACAUCACGAUUCUGGCUUCUUUGCCGACUCUGCCAAUGGGACUCAGGUCUUCAAUCAAUCGCAAUCUCACGGACAUCGUCGAACUCCACGAAGAACUCUUGGGCGAGCUGCAUCGAGUUGUGCCAGAUUCAGAAUACACGCAAAUCGAAGUUCCUCCGUUGCUCAGCAAAACAGCGGGUCGUGGACAUCAGCGACUGAGGAGUCUUGAUUCCGUGCCGGAAGACAACGGGAGAGCCAUAAGCUGGUUGCAAGAAGUGCCCGGGAUGAUUUCAGAGGCCCAGAUCGCCGGUGACGUGGCCAAAGUCUUCAGCAGGAAGAUGAACCGCUUUUUUAUCUACGAGGAGUAUGGGGCCAAGUACGAGAUGAUGAUCAAGGACGUCGCUUCAGCUCAUCGGACCAUGCCACAAUGGGAUACCUAUCAACGAGGCAUUGAAGCAUUGGCCUCGUCAUUGGGCCCUGCGAGUACUCACAACGACCAGUCAAAGAAGUCGCUGACUAUUGGAGACCUACUUGUCAAGCCCAUUCAGCGCAUCUGCAAAUACCCGCUCUUGUUUGCCGAACUAUUGAAGUACACACCUGUCACAGAUUGCCCAAAUUCUCACAUGGAAGUUGAAAGCGCCCUUCUCCGCUUGCGAGAGGCGACGGCAGAGAUCAACCGGGCAACGAGCGACAGGCGAAUGAAAUCCACCUUGGAAAAGACUUGGAUUCUUCAGGAUCGUCUUGUUUUCCCCGAGCAAAAACUUGAUGCAGCAUCAAAGAACCGAAUCAGAUCGUUUGGUCAUGUCGAGCUUUGUGGCGCGCUACACAUUUGCUGGCAAACCAAAGAAGGCGUUCAGGGGCAGUACAUGAUUUGUCUUCUAUACCACAAAGUUUUGUGUUUGGCCUCGGCAAGCAAAGUCGACCAGAUUUACACCAUUCAAGCGUGCAUCAACCUGGACAGCAUCAAGAUUGAGGAAACGGACAAUGGACGAGGACUUCAAUGCCACACGGCUCCAUUUUCGUGGAAACUUGUGUUUGAAUGCAAUUCCCAAUUGUACGAGCUUUUGAUGACUGCUUGCUCGCCCAGGGAACUGGAGGAAUGGCGAAGCCGGCUAUCGAAUCCCGCCAGGGGAGACCAGAAUCAAACUGACCCUAACCUGUACAGCUCAAUGUCCUUGAGCACUGUUGCUCGUCGGAUCUCUAUCCAUCGCGCCACGACGGUUGGCCCAAAGUCUCCGUUGUGUCAACUCAUCCUGAAAAACACGAGCGUUGUACGAGAUAACUCGGAAUCUGCACCGAACCCAUCCAUCAACCGAUCACAGUCAUUGCUGACAACAAACCCCCGGAUCCCGAUUCUUGCUCCACCACGGGGCGAAAGAGCUCGGCUAGAAGCCCUUAUGUCUGAUAUCUGGAGUCGAGACAUACUUCCGUUUCCGGGUAUGACUGGUAGAUCUCGCAGUGAGCAUCUUGUCCGAAGCUCAGCAAGCACAAUGAUGCGCAAACUCAGUGUCGCGAGCAUCGCCAGCUCUUUUGCAAAGAGAUCCAACAGCGUGGCCAGCCUCGGAAAACUUGUCGUCGAGGACGAUCCGGGCGAUAAAGAAGGCGCGGAUCACGGACAUCCCUCAAAGAUCUAUAGAGCUGAGAGUUCCAAUCCGGAGCACGGUCCUGAUGACGAAGUUGAUGAAACAACAAGGCCCCGUUUGCCCAAAAUCGACGACGAUAUCGAGGUUACCAAUACAGUUAGCGCUCCAGCAACCCCAAUGCUAGCUCAGUCCAAUAUCAUUGUGCAUGCCGACCCGGUCGAGCAGCUUCGAUCUGGAUACAGCGGUUUUCUACUCGGCGAUGUAUGGCCGUCGAAGCCAACCGUGUUACGGGCCGCAUCGGGGAACAAUUUACCCCGAGUUCGUCGAGACUCAAUCACCCCGAAAACAUCGCCUUGCCCAUCCGAUAGAGGUGAAAAAGACAGCCAAAGCAGGGCGUUCAAGGCGCCCAAACUCUCCCACAAAGCAUCAAUGCGGUGGGGCAAGGUUGGCACAUUGAACAGAGACGACUUGGUGCAGGGCAUCAGGAGUUUCUUUCGGUAA